AUGACAGAUAACCUGACACGAGAGGUUUCCAAUUCCAACUGCACCGUCGACACCCAUGUGGAAUCCGCUCUGGUCCCCAUCCUCCUCGCUGCCUCAUUCUUCGUCAGCCUGCCUGGGAACCUUCUGUCCAUCUACGUGGCAUGCUGCCACGUGAAGCGGGGUUACGAGAUUGGCAUUUACCUCCUGAACCUGUGCUUUGUGGAUAUCCUGUACACACUCACCCUCCCCUACUGGUUCAUUGCUUACUUCAGCCCCAUCACCAACAUGCCCCUGUACAAUGCACUGGUGGUGGUGACCUACAGCUCCAUGUACCUGAGCCCCGCCUUCCUCUGCUGCAUUGCCGUGGAUCGCUACCUGGCGAUAGUCUACCCACUUUGGUUUUACGAGCUGCGGACAAUAAGGGUGGCCGUGGUGGUUAGCGCCGUGUGUUGGCUCGCCGAGCUAACAUGCCACGCUCUGUUGCUCCAUCAGCAAGCCCUGUUUUCCAACUUCAGUUCCACGGUCUACGUGGAAAGGUUUCCGAUGAAGACCACGAUGGUCGCCGAAUACGUCACCCGAAGCGUGGUGGGGUUUUGCCUCCCCCUCUCCAUCUUCCUCUUCAGCUCCCACCACAUCUACAGGGCGGUGGCAGAGAGCUCUACCGUCGAGAACAGAGAGAAAAAGAAGUUAGCCAAACUCCUGCUCCUGUUGCUCCUAGUCUACGCUAUAAGCUUCGGCCCGUACCAUGCCACCAUUCUCGUCCGGAGCCUCGUAGAACCAGGCAACUGCCCCUUCGCCCAGAACGUUUACACCUUUUACAAAGUCUUCUACGCGUUGACUGGCUUAAACUGUGCUGCGGAUCCCAUCCUCUACUGCUGGCUGUACGACAGAGCCUGGCAAGACAUCGUUCAGUUGCGCAUGACCGCAAGGGACCAACUGCUGAGACUCUGUGGUUGGUUGAAACGUUGGAUAGAUCGGCCCAAGAAGUUGUCCACAGUGCUUCCUCCUCAAGGGUGUACAACCAUCAAAAUAACAUAG